AUGACUAAUUCAAUGCUAUUAGCAACAGAUCGAAAGACUCGAUUUGAUGAAAUGCCAAAUUUUCCCGGGCAUCCUUCCGAGGAUGUAGAACGUUUUCUAAAAAGUAUUAAGAAUAUUACGAAAGCAAACGAUGAAUCAGAUAAUCAUGAAAUUCUUGAAAUUGUUCGUGCACAUGCCGUUUCUGGCUCAUAUCGUUAUGUUGGCUGCUAUCAACACGUAUUCUAUGAUAGUGCGUUCACAAGUUCAUAUAUGGAACCAACGUUGUGUUUUCGUUUGUGUGAAACACCAAUGAUUUAUUUACAAAACAAUCUAUGUCGAUGUGCAGGCAGUGGUCUAAUGGAUUAUAAUCGUCAAAGAGAUUCAUCAUGUUCUAUACCAUGUAAAGCCGUAGUUGAUGGUCACGUAAAAACUAAUAUGUGUGGUGGCCGAGAUGCAUACUCCGUUUAUGCCGAAGAACAAUUUUAUACUCGACAUGCACAUUUACUGAAGUAUCAAAUAAAAUUUGCAUCAUGUCAAUUUUGGAAUACUUCUGGUUAUUAUGAUACAGUGCAAGUUGAAAUUGAUGAAUCAUCUACUAAUUCAUCAUUGAGUAAAUUAGAACGAUGUGCAGCUGCAUGUCUUGAUCGCAAUACUACAACAAAAUCAAUAGGUUUCAAUGCCGAUAGCAAUCAGUGCUUGUGUAUAGUAUCACCGAAAUCAAAUCUAGAAUCUAGUCGCGCACUUUAUUUAACAAUUCUACCAAACAAUAAAUGUGACCGGCAUUGUGACAACAUAUUGGGUGAUUCAAACGUUGAACACAAUUUUCAAUGCGGUUCAUUAACAAAUCAACGUAUAUGGGCCAUAUACGAUCUAAAUUAUGCAUGCCCAAUUGAUUCUGUCUAUGUAGAAGAAUUUCAAAAAUGUAUAUUUGCAGAGAACGGAUUUAGAAGUCCCUGUUCAUCGCCAUCGAUAACGUAUGUUUAUGAUGGAAAUAUCACAUGGAAUGCAUUUUUAAGGGUUAUUGAAAAAAUAAACUUAACUAAAUCGAUGAUUUCAAUUAAUUUUAAUAAUAAUGUUACCAUUGAUCCUUCAUGGAAGUGUUUAAAUACAACAAAUGCAUACGGUCCAACACAGUCUAGCAUUUUUCCCGAUAAUACUAAGACAAGUUAUAUAUUAAACAAUGGCUGCUUAACUGUCCGUGUAUAUUCGUUUUAUUCGUACAGGCUGUUUGACACUCUAUGCAUAGAAGAUCCACUAAAUAAAGAUUCAUCUUUAUAUAAGCCUACAUCGGAUAGAUCUAUUUUAUCUUGGAAUAAUUUCAUGAAAACUUAUUGUCCAGAUAAUUGGUUUGAUCUUAAUGGAAAUUGUUACCGCAUGUCAGCUGAACCUAAACCAAUUCAAGAAGCAAGAGCUAGUUGCAUUGAUAAACCAAAGGCUGAUUUAAGUGAGAGUGAUGAAGAUAUUGUAUUAAACGACGAUAAUACUCAGAAUAAAACGAAAGAUGAAUACAAAGAUUACAUGGAGAAUAUCGAGAAAGGUGACAUCGUUCAAUAUACAUCAGAAUGGCAAGCCCGUCUUGGCUAUUAUCUUCUUGACACAAGAAUAUCAGUUAAUAGAACAACGCCUGGAGCAUUUCAAUCAUUUAAUCAAUAUCCACUAGCAUCAGUGACCACUAUUAAUAUGAAUCGUUCAUCUGUAAAUGAAUUUCAAAUGGUUAAUCAGCAGGAAAAUAAUAACUCAAUUGUAAAAGACGAUUUGUGUAUAAUUUCGACACGUUCAGCUGUCGACGACAAAGAAAGUUCUGUCGUAAGAAGUAUUCAAGUGAAUAAUUGUUCGAAACCAAGACGUGUUUUAUGUGAAAGAAAACCGCCUUUUAUUCGAACUCGUGAAUAUUGUUUAUCAAAUCCAUUAACACUUGGUUUACCAACCAUAAUAUCAAAUUAUUUAUCUCACGAAUCAUGCGUUACUAUUUGUGAACCAUUGGAAAGAAACUUUGCAGUUUUGAAUGUGAAUAAAUGUUAUUGUAUAAAUAGCAAUCUCGCUCAGUCGCAUCCUAUAAAACUAACUCAUGAAAAAUAUCGAACAAAAGAUUGUGGAAAUCUUUGCCCAGGUGAGUUCAUCUGA